UUUGUUAACUCUUUUAGAUUUUUUAUUCGUUUUAUAACUUGUUUAGUAUGAUUAUUUGUUCUUCAAAAAUGUUACUUUGUUAGCAAAUGUGGAUUGUGGUCAGUGAUUGAUUUAACUUAGUUUUAACAAGAUGAAGACAGCUACAACUCACAAUGACUUGAAGACAAAAGUGCUACUUUUCGCUAUCAGCUCUCGUGUUUUUAUUAUUUUCCUAUCAUGGAUUUCCAACGUAGUUUUACCAGACCAUGAUGCUGGAGUCUACAUCUUCCCACAGCCAACUACUAUCAACAUAUCUUUUGCCGAUGAAAUCAUUAACAACGUAUUUGGAGGCUUAGUGAGAUGGGAUGCUCAAUACUUUCUUCACAUUGCACACUACGGCUACACCUAUGAAAAUACACUUGUAUUUUUUCCAAUGUUUCCAUUCUUUGCUAGAAUUCUCGCAAAUGUUUUAGAUGUCAUUUUAAAUGGUGUAUUGAAUCACUACUCAACAGUAUUACUGUCUGCUUUGACAAUUAACUUUUAUUUCUUUGUGAGUGCAUCAAUCAAGCUCUUCGAGCUUUCGUGUAAAGUACUAAAAGAUGAGUCGCUCGCGUAUAAAUCUGCAUUAUUUUUCUGUGUGAACCCAGCCAGUAUAUUUUUCACUGCUCCGUAUUCAGAAAGUUGUUUUGCCUUUUUCACUUUCUCGGGUAUGCUGUUUUGUGUAGAAAAUGAAAGAGACUUGUUGUCUAGUUUUGCAUUGGGUUUGUCAAGCUGUGCUCGUUCUAACGGUGUAUUGAAUUUAGGAUAUAUUGCUCAUAAAUGUAUAAAACGUGCCUUUAAUAUUUUACAAGUACUAAAAUAUCAAUUUAACUUUUCUUCAUUCUAUACUAUGAUCGUUGAACUAUGCAAAUUAUGCAUUUGCACCAUAGUAUUUAUUGCUCCAUUUAUUAUGUUCCAAGGAUAUGCUUACAUGACUUUUUGCAAGAGCAAAGUAAAUAUACCAGAAUUUUUGAAUGAGUUUGGAAAAUCAAAAGGAUUUGUGACUCCAUCUUCAGAUUCGCCACCAUGGUGUAACCACAAAAUACCUUUCUCGUACUCAUACGUACAAAACCAUUAUUGGCAUGUCGGUUUUCUUAAAUACUAUCAAAUUAAGCAAAUUCCAAAUUUUGUACUAGCAUCGCCUGUAAUAUUUUUAAUUUUGAGGCACUCAUAUCUUUUCAUGCUUGAAAACACCUCUAUUCUGUUUUCUUUAGGUUUAAAAAGUCCAUACCGUGUUAAUUAUCAACAACAAGAGUUGACACCUGAAUUCUUUGUCUUUGUCGUCCACACUGUGUUUUUGACAAUAUUCUGCAUGUUUUUUGUCCAUGUUCAAGUAACAACGAGGAUGAUUGCCUCUUCUUGCCCAGUGCUUUACUGGUUUGUGGCUUUACGUUACAAGACUGAAAGUGGCACUAAAAGUGAUGUGAUUUCCAGUAGACUGAAGACAAGUGGCUCCAACAACUAUAGCUUAGUAGAGACAAAAGAAAACAUAGCUAGUGUUUGGAGAACUGUUAUUUUAACAGAUAAACCGGUUAAUAUUUGGUCUCAUUGUAUCAGAAUGUAUUUUUAUUCAUAUUUUAUUAUAGGCACCGUUAUAUUUAGUAAUUUCCUUCCAUGGACUUAGUUUGAAUAGGCUAU